AUGCGCACGCGUCUAGCACCGCAACGCGGCAUCCGCAUAGGCAACGUCUCUGGUGCGACCGGCGAUGCUCCCCAUGCCAUGCUCCGCAUGGCACAGACGGGCGAUGUCGACUUCAUCACCGGGGACUGGCUAUCCGAGAUGAACAUCGCCUGGAACGCUAUAGCCAAAGCCAGUGAUCCGUCCCAAGGCUACGAAGUCGGUUUCCUGUCACAGCUCGAAGAAAGCAUCGACAUUAUCGUUGAGAAGAAGAUCAAGGUCGUUACAAACGCGGGCGCAUUGAACACGGAGGGGCUACGGGAGAAGGUUCGAGAGCUUUGUACGAAGAAAAGGUACGGGCAUUUAAGAAUCGCGGCGGUGCUGGGGGAUGAUGUCACGGCGGAGGUUGUGGAGAUGAUUGGUGCAGCAGCCUGGUGGCACGACUGGAAGCAAGACUCCUUCGAUGAGUUGGCUGGGGCGCUUGUUGCGGGGCAUCUGAUCGAAUGCGGACCUUACGUUUGUGGCGCAAAAUUUUCGGGCUUCAAGGAUCUUCUUCCAGGGUUGGUCGACGUCGGCUUUCCCAUUGCUGAGGUCAUGCGCAACGGAUCCAGCUACAUAACAAAACAGGAGGAUCUCGGCGGCAAAGUUACUGCUGCAAAUGUCACCGCGCAGCUGUUAUAUGAGCUCCAGGGUGAGAUGUAUCUGAACCCAGACGUAGUCGCCGAUAUACGCACCGUCCAUAUCACGCCCACAGCCGAGCCGCGACGGGAAGUUCUUGUCAGCGGAGUGAAGGGCUAUCCACCACCGCUUACCACAAAGGUCAUGGUCGCAGCUCCAGGAGGAUAUCAAGCUGAAACUAUCUACUAUCUCAACGGCCUCGAUAUCUCGGAAAAGGCGGAGAUGAUGAAGCGACAGCUGACGAGCAUUUUCCAGGGUCAUCGGUUCAGUAAACUGUCCAUGGAGCUUUACGGCGGCCAGGCGCUUGAUCCAAAAUCCCAGGCAGCGGGUACAGCUAUGUUGCGAGUCUUCGUGCAAGCGAAAAGGAAAGAAGACAUUGCGGCGAGCAAUUUCCGGAUCCCCAUCUACUCCCUUCGUAUGCAGAGCUAUCCCGGUAAGCUAUCACAUGAACUUGGACUUCCGCUCAAUGGAUCCCAAGCCUUUCAUGGAGAUUUUCCUACAACGAUACCGAUCAGUCAAAUCAACCACAGAAUGCGGCUGGACAACGAGCCCAUAAUAUACGCCCCGUCUCCACCCAUGUUCGCCGAAUACCCACAGCUGCGACCAUCAUACGAAACUGCAACGGCCCUGGAUUUGCGGUCGUUUGGCCUCUCAUCAAAAGCCCCAUUGGGCGCCAUUGUUCAUGCAAGAUCUGGCGACAAAGGCAACAAUUCGAAUGUUGGGUUCUUUGUCAGGUAUGCCGACGAGUACCCAUGGCUGCAGAGCUUUCUGACGGUGGAGCGGCUGUGUGUUCUGUUCGAAGAUGAUUGGAAGGACGGGUAUAAAGCCGAGAGGUGUGAGUUUCCAAACAUUCUCGCUAUUCACUUCCGAGUACUCGAUUUCUUAGAUGGUGGUAUUGCCAGCAGCUCACGCAUUGACGGACUCGGCAAAGGCAUCGGGGAAUAUUUGCGAAGCAAGGUUGUAGAUAUUCCGAUUAGAUUUCUCCAACGGGGUUACAUAUAA